AUGGCCUCCUCUUCGCCCACAACCUUCACAAGCCUCGGACAAACGGUCCUCGACGACGUCUACGUCUCCGACACUCUGGUCGCGAAGAAUGCCCUUGGUGGCGGCGCGGUUUGGUCAGCCAUCGGAGCGCGUGUCUUCGCUAAAGGUGGCCAAGAAGUGGCGCUCCAAGUCGCUGGCGGUGAGGAUUUCCCAGCAAGUGCCGAAGAGGAAUUACGAGGCUACGGCAUCGCACUCGACCUAGAGCGACGUCAAGGUGCUACUUCUACACGGGCGGAGCUACGCUAUGCGAAUUCGAGUUUGGAAACCCGGGCCGUCAAAUUCUCUGGCGACUUGAUACGCCCAGACCCGAGCAAUCUACCGAACUUUAUGCUGGCCUCCAAGGUGGUCCAUCUAGACUGUGCACCUGAGGACGUCUCCGGAUAUGUGGACAAUCUCAACCAAUACCGUCCGCCUGAUGCCAGCCAUCAGGUUUCGCUGAUCAUCUACGAGCCUUGUCCCUCAACGUGUGUCUCCGAGAAUGUCUCAGAUCAUCUCACCUCUCUCCUUGACGCCAUCAAAAACGUCGACGUCUUCUCGCCGAAUCACAUCGAGCUCCUGGCAUUCUUCGAUCAGAAGCCGAAUAUGCCCUUCGAUGCGGGUCAGAUCGAAGCAUAUGCACGGAUCUGCCUGCUCAGCGGUGUCGGCCGCUAUGGCGAAGGCUUAUUAGUGGUACGCUGCGCCGAGAAUGGUGCGCUAGUCAUGUCCGACUGGCGGGAGGAGCCUGCCACAUGGGUUCCCGCCUACUGGACCAAUACCGAGCGAGGGAUCGCGUCUACCGACGACGACGACGACGACAACGACACCAACCAAAUAGAGUCACACUCAACCAUGAGCACCACACCUACCCGCCAUCCCUCCGUAGUCGACACAACAGGCGCAGGCAACGCCUUCCUCGGCGGCUUUGCCAUCGGCCUCUGGAGGACCGGCGACCCCAUGCGCGCCGCCUGCUAUGGAGCCGUGAGCAGCAGUUUCGUUGUGCAGCAGAUCGGGCUGCCCAAGCUGACUGGUCCCAGCAUUGCUGCACCAGAUACCUCGAGCAAAACCUCCAGCAAGGCGAACUCCGAGAUCAUCAAGGUUAUGCAGGAGAUGCGGGCCGAGAUCAGGGAACUCAGCAAGACAUAUGAUAACUUCAAGAAAGAUGCUGCCGAUGCUCGUCGCCGCCUUCGUCGCGGGCUGGAAGAAGGGGAGGAAAAAUGGAACGGUGACUCACCUGCGGAGCGAUUGAGGACUCUGUAUGCGAAAGCUGGUCUGAAUCCUGACGAUUACAAUGGGGAGACUUUCACGCUGAAGGAGGCCGCCGCGACCUGGUUGGGGCAAUGGCUGACCGCGUCGAGUGAUGAUGGCUCGAUUUUUCUUGGCUAG